AUGUGUCCACCUUGUCCAAAGCCAACAAAAGCACAAGCUUGUAGUGCCAAAAUCGAUCUGGCUUUCUUAGUGGAUGGUUCUUCAAGUGUUGAAAGAUACGGUGUUGGAAACUUUCGAAAACUUAUCGAAUUUGUCCGAGGACUAACCAUGGGAUUCGCAAUUUCCAAAAGGAAUACCCGAGUGUCCUUAACUGUGUAUGGAACAAGACCAAAGAUGGUCUUUAAUUUCCGAAGAUACCAGAGUAAUUCACUAUUAUUCACGGCUCUCAACCGACCAAUCUACUAUCCACGGACGGGAGCGCGAACAGGUCGGGCUCUCAGUUUUGCCAACAGAAGGCUUUUCAUGAGAAGCCGACGUACUCGAGCUCGCAAAGUAUUGUUGGUUGUUACUGACGGUGGCUCACUCGAUGACGUACAUGGAAUCUCUAAGAGACUACGAGCCAACGGCAUUACAAUCUACUCAGUAGGGGUGGGAAGGUACUUCAACGCAAAGGAAUUGGACUCUAUGGCAACCGAUCCCGACAAGACGCAUGUAUUCACGUCGGACUUUAAGCAGAUACAGUACAUCACAAACGAUCUAAAGAAAGCGAUCUGUUUGAGUGCGGGUGGUACUCUCUCAGUUUCAAAGCUUCAGCCAUGUGUUUGCGGACCAACUAAACCAGUGGGUCCUACAAAACCAGAAUACAUGACGCACAAACUUCAACUAUUCUGCUCUCAGUUGAGAAGAUGA